GGGAACGUGCCAUGGGUGACAACUUGCUUGGCUCAUUUUCCUGGGGUUGAGGGAUAUCUGCUGCUUCUUCCGCAAAAUGACAUUUUAACGCCUUUUCAGUUCCUCUUGGACAAAUGUUGUCAAAUUUCAAAAAAAAAUUAUUUCUUUACAUCUUUAUUUUUGAGACUAUCCGGAACCCGGCGUUAAUGAAGAAACCUGAUGCAGACACUAGCAUUGAUUUGUUUGAAAAUGGAGGUGCAGCCAUGUUCAAAGUCGUGUCUUUUGACACACCAUCUGGAGUUGUGCUUGCAGUUACGUUUGCGAGCAAAGUCAAGAGUAACUACAAAAUUGACUGGAAGGCUGUGCAGCAUGAACAUAAGGAAAAGGUGCACAUAGAAGAUAUUGAACAAUGCAAGGAUAAACUAUGGUGCAAUGUGCCUGGAGCUCCUUAUAAUUAUAUUGAAGUCAUUCUACAAAAACUUGAUGGCUCAAGAAAAUUUAUUAAGACUGUUAAUAUUGAACCUCUUGAGUAUCGAGGAUUUGAUCCUGCAGCUUUCAAUGACCAAAAUGGCUGUGAUACUCAUCCAUGCAUGAACAAUGGAAAAUGUAUUGUAGAACCAGAGAGUACACGAAGAUACAUAUGCAUUUGCUUGUCAGGAUAUUCUGGAGAGAACUGUCAAUAUUCCACUGACACAAAUGCUCCUACAUCUUCAUUUCUAACUUCUGGAUGCCUUGUAGUACUGUUUCUCCUAAUUGUUAUAGGUUUCCUUAUCUACUUGCAUUUUUUCAGGGGAAGGAAGCAUAAUACCACAGAAAAACCAACAAGGAGUCGAAAGCCGCGUUCAAAGUCAUCAGCCAAAGGUCCUAAGCCCAAAUCUUCACAGCCUUCAGAUUCCAGUUAUGAUGAUACUGAAUUUCCUACAGAAAAUGAAAGAAGCAGCUCUGCAUGUGGACCAAGAAAGGAUGAUCAGGAAGACACUGCUGCUGAGAAGACAACAAUAGAAAAAAACGUUAGAUUUCAAGUUGAACCAAUGCAAUAUGACAUUGAGAAUCUGGAUUCCCAACAGGGCAGAGACCCAUCUGCCGGAGGAAUUGGGCCAUUAGAAAAGUACCCUUUGACUGAUGAAACUAAACCCUCCGAGGCCAACAGAUGUGGUUGUACAAGUCAAGAACCAAGUAAAGACACGAUUCCAUCUGUAUCUGAAAGCUGUAACUUGGAGAACAAUCAAGCUGAUGUUCGCUGUGUUUGUCAAUGUAAACCUUUUGAUGACAGUAUGCCAUCAACUGAAAGCAAUAGCAUUCUAAAUAAAAAUUUACCACCAUAUUCCCAGUCUGAUGCAACAAAACUUCCAAGUUUAAAAGGAGAUGAUUUUGAAAAUGCCACUGAAUGCAAUUUAUCUGCCAAAGGAUGGGAGACACCGCGCCCUAUGGCAAAUGAAGACUUACUAGACAAAAAGCACUAUUAUUUAGUGAGCAUUGACAAACUUAAAUCCACAGCCCAUGGAGAAAAUGUCAAUACAGGUGACAUACAAACUCGGAGUGACUUCAUAAAUGAAUGCUGCUCUGAAACAUCUUCCCAAGACAUACCACAGUGUGAAAUGUUCAAAUAUGAAUAUGAUACAAGUAGUCAGUCGUCAGACAGCUCUUGUUCAUGUGCUGAAGAAUCAACAUAUUGUGCUUUAAAUAAUAUUUCUUUACAAGACAACUGCAAUACUUUUGUUUUCAUUCCAAAGAGGCCAACUGAUUUUGAUCCUGUUCACACUGUAGAGGAUGACUCCAGUGAAAAUUCUUUUGUGAAAGAGCAAAAACUUGUCUUCCCAAGACAUAGUAAAAGUGGUGCAGUCAUUUAUCGACUUUCUGAGCCUGAAAAUGAAUCCAAGGACUAAGUAUAGAAG